GUCAGGCAGGGUUUACUGACAUAUAUGCAUGAACUGAUGCGCGGAAUGGACUCGGCUCCAUCGAUGAACCAAAGCGAAGUGCGACAGGCUAUCAGUAAAAUAUUCCAGUGGGUGGACGACCCGAAAAAUGCUUCUCUUUUAGCUGUCAGGCAGGGUUUACUGACAUAUAUGCAUGAACUGAUGCGUGGAAUGGACUCGGCUCCAUCGAUGAACCAAAGCGAAGUGCGACAGGCUAUCAGUAAAAUAUUCCAGUGGGUGGACGACCCGAAAAAUGCUUCUCUUUUAGCUAUCAGUGAGAAAGUAGUGUGCGAUAUGUUUCAUUUGAAUGCAAGUGAUUUCACAUCGAUGCUUGCAACGUUUCCGAAUGAGCUCAAAGACCGGCUGCAAGCAAUAGUUCGCAAAAAUAGCUUCUCCAUUUCAUCGCCUUCGAAUGGAAUCAAGUAA